AUGGCUGUGACACAAAGACAGCCUGUCAAGCAGGCAGAACAGAAGACCGAAGUUCCUAGCUUGCAAGCCCUCAAGGAUGCAAUCCCCAAGGAAUGCUUUGAAUCAUCCCUCGCCACCUCCCUCCUCUACCUGCUUCGCGAUAGCAUCUACUGCGCAGCUCUGAUUUACGCUGCCCUCCACAUUCACCUCCUCCCUUCUUUGCCUCUCCGCAUUGCUGCCUGGGCCAUCUACGGCUUCCUCCAAGGCUGUGUUGGCACUGGACUAUGGAUUCUCGCUCACGAGUGUGGCCACGGUGCCUUCUCCAAGCACCAGGGUAUCAAUGAUUUCAUUGGCUGGGCUACACACUCCUUCCUUAUGGUCCCAUACUUCUCAUGGAAGAUCACCCACGCUCGCCACCACCGUUACACCGGCCACAUGGAGAAGGACACCGUCUUUGUCCCCUGGACAGAGGAUGAGUUGGCCACCAAGCGCAAUGUCAGCAUUGAGCAGCUUAAGGACCUCGCUGAGGAGACCCCCAUUGUUUCCCUGGUUCAGCUCAUCGGACACCAGUUGCUCGGAUGGCAGAUGUAUCUCAUCCUGAAUGUGACUGCUGGUACUAAGAGUGGUCCUGAGGGAUGCGAGAAGGUUGAGUUUGCAAGCCACUACAACCCAUCCGCCUCCAUCUUCACUGCUGCCCAGUGGAAGCUCAUUGCCUACUCCGAUAUCGGUUUGCUCAUCAUGGGCUCUAUCGUUUGGUACACUGGAACCAUCAUCGGAGCCUGGAAUGUGUUCUUCCUCUACGUCGUCCCCUACCUCUGGGUUCACCACUGGCUGAUUGCCAUCACAUACCUUCAACACACCCACCCCGAUGUUGCUCACUACACUGCCGAGGCCUGGACUUACACCAAGGGUGCCCUCGCUACUAUUGACCGCACCACCGGCUUUAUUGGUCGUCACUUCUUCCACGAGAUCAUUGACUACCACGUCGUCCACCACCUCUUCUCCCGCAUUCCCUUCUACAACGCUGAGAAGGCCACCAAGGCCAUCCAGCCCAUGCUCGGUGAAAACUACCACGAGCAGAAGGAUGAGGGUUUCUUGUACUCGCUGAUGAUGACCUUCCGCAAGUGCAUCUAUGUCUCAGAGGCCAAGGGCCGCGCCAAUGGACAGUCUGGUGUCCUGCACUUCGUUCUCUCCGAGGAGAGCAAAUGA